AUGUUUGCUCUCUUGGGCUCGGUGGCUACCCUGCUUGCCCUAGGAGCUUGUGCCCCAUUGCAAGGGGCAAGCCACCACAGCAAGCUCCUCCUGGUUUCUUUUGAUGGCUUUCGAUGGAAUUAUGACCAGGAUGUGGACACCCCUAAUCUAGAUGCCAUGGCUAGAGAUGGGGUCAAGGCGCAAUACAUGAUUCCUCCAUUUGUCACCCAGACCAGCCCUUGCCACUUCACUCUGCUUACAGGGAGGUACAUUGAAAACCACGGGGUCAUCCACAACAUGUGGUUCAACACCACCACCGGACAGAAGCUUCCUUAUUACAACACCCAGGGGAGGUCUGACUGGUGGGACAAUGGCAGCCUCCCUAUCUGGAUCACAGCUCAAAGGCAGGGUCUGAAGACAGCCUCCCUCUUUUUCCCUGGGGGGAAUGCCACCUACCAAGGAGAACAGGUUGAAGUUAAGAAGGUGGAGAAACUCUUUCACAAGUAUGACAAUGAGACCGAGUGGAGGCAGAACGUUGACACAGUGAUGAAGUGGCUCAGCGAGGAUGAUCUCGACUUUGUUGCCCUUUACUUCGGAGAGCCCGACUCCACUGGACACAAAUUUGGCCCAGAAUCCCAGGAGCGGAAGGACAUGGUCAGGCAGGUGGAUCGGACAGUGGGCUACUUGAGACAACGCAUCAAUCAGACUGGCCUGUCCCCAAGACUCAACUUGGUCGUCACAUCGGAUCACGGCAUGGAAACGGUCAUCAAAAAGGAUGAAAUUCACCUUGCCAAAGUGGCAAAUUUCUCUUUCCGGGAUAUUCAGUUUCAGCUGGUAGAUUAUGGACCACAGGGACUGCUAUUGCCCAAGCCAGGGAAAUUAGAACAAGUUUAUGAAGCCCUGGUCAAUGCUCACCCCAACCUCCACGUCUACAAGAAGGAGGAAUUCCCUGGGAGAUUCCACUAUGCCAACAACACUCGCAUCACACCCCUUGUACUGUACGGCGACCCUGGAUACGUGAUUCAUGGGUACAUCAAAGUGCAGAUCAAUAAAGGGGAGCAUGGCUUUGACAACAAUUCUACGAACAUGAAGACCAUCUUCCGAGCUGAGGGGCCAGACUUCAGGAGAGGGCUGGAGGUGGAGCCUUUUGAAAGCGUGAAUGUUUACGCCCUCCUUUGCAAACUGCUGGAGAUCACGCCCGAGCCCCAUGAUGGAAGCUUGACAGUCACAGAGCACAUGCUGGUCAAGAAUGCAGGGACCCGCCUGAAUUCUCCUCUUGCCACUUGGAACCUGGCCUUGGUUCUGGGCCUAGAUUCUGGCAUUUACGUGAAUGGAAGCAGCACAUAA